UUUCUCAGUUCUUCAACCUUGCCGGCGUUCAACAACAUCACCAGACAAGAUGACGAAGCCAAUUGUGAAGUCAUCUGUGCCGACGCAGGACCAGGUCCUCGUGCCCGAGACCUUGUUGAAGAAGAGAAAGAGCCAGGAGAAGGCCAGAGAGCAGCGUGCUGCGACGCUCGAGAAGAGAAAGAAGGCCAACAAGGAGAAGCGCGGCGUCAUCUUCAAGCGUGCUGAGACAUACGUCAAGGAGUACCGUGAUGCUGAGCGCGAGAAAAUCAGACUCGCUCGCUUGAGCAGGCAACAGGGCAACUUCUUCGUUGAUGAGCAACCCAAGCUGGUUUUCGUCGUCAGAAUCAAGGGUAUCAACAAGAUUGCUCCCAAGCCCCGCAAAAUCCUCCAACUCCUCCGUCUCCUCCAGAUCAACAACGGCGUCUUCGUCAAGUUGACCAAAGCUACUCAAGAGAUGCUUACCAUCGUCAAUCCUUACAUUGCCUAUGGCUAUCCCAACCUCAAGACUGUUCGCGAGCUCAUCUACAAGCGUGGAUAUGGCAAGAUCAACAAACAACGCAUUGCUCUUACCGACAACCAACUGAUCGAGGACAACCUGGGCAAGUACGGCAUUGUGUGCAUGGAAGACUUGAUCCACGAGAUUUUCACCGUUGGACCAAACUUCAAGCAAGCAAGCAACUUCCUGUGGCCCUUCAAGCUGUCCAACCCCAACGGUGGUUUCCGUGCCAGAAAAUUCAAGCAUUACAUCGAGGGUGGUGAUCUCGGUAACCGGGAGGAGGCUAUCAACGCUCUGAUCAAGCAGAUGAACUAGAAUUGAUAGCUUGACCUCAGGAGGGGUGGUCAACAAUUCGGUGGCUCCUACAAUCCCGGCCUGCCACCGAGGCUUGUGAGCUUCCGAGCACCAAUGGUUCGAUGCAUGAAAUGAAUACUCCAUAAAGGCGCUAGUUGAUAUGCAAGGCAAACGCUACCGGUUCCAUCUCUUAGGGGCCAGUAAAAAUGACAUGAAGCAAUUUUUCUGCCAG